AUGAAAGUGCGGCAGAUUCAAUACAUAACCACAAGCAUAUCGUCGGCCCUCGCCAUAGCCCUGGGGGUAUUGGUGAUACUUCGAAGCAGGACAGAAUUGUACCAUCUAAUGCAUGCCAUAGCUGCGUUUGUUCUACCGCUGUCAUACAUUCCAUGCCUUUUACUCACGAAUCCAGUCACCAUCGUCAUCCAGGCCUCAGUUUCCAUCUUUUACAUAGUAUCUGGCAUACUAUUGAUCCUCCUCUGGCCCUACGACGUGGUCACCAUCUUGUUUGCCACAAGCAUCGUGUUUGCAACUGCUUCCUUUGCCUCGCUUCUACCACGCUCACUCUUCACAUAUGAGCCCACAGACGAGGAGAUGAGAAUUGCAAAAAAGCCCUCUGAUGCCACGUUGAUCGAGCAGAUGUACGCGUUUGACACGGCAAUGCCAAAGCAAAAACAAGCAAACAAGGAACCCGGUUUUGCCUACCCGACUGGAUUGGAUUUGCAAACAAACAUCGGUUCACAAAAGAUGGCAACAGGUCGCCCAUUUGGGAAUGAUAACAAUGAUCACAAUGAUGAUAAUGCAAGACGGCCUUCCAAACCCAGCAGUAUACCCGGUAGCCUAACCAGCUUUCAUGCCCCAGAUUAUGAAUGCACCAAACAAAUCCUCGAAAAGCAACGAUUGCAGCUCAUUGAUCGUGAAAAACAAUUCAUCUCAAACAUCAGUGAAUCCUUGUUGCCGGCAGUUUUGAAAACGUGCAACAAGGCAAGCACCGUGGAGGACUAUACUGCAGACUUGCUCGAGUUGCAACAAGUCACGGGGUUCCAACUGGACAUCACGCCGUCAAUCACAGCAUUUCAUGGUUAUAGCUUGCAACAAUACAGCAAGACCAAAUUCCACUCGGGCUACAACAUUUCUCCUCAAAAGAGCAGAAUCCUGCUCGAGCCCAGUUUUGAUAAACAAGAUGACGGUGAUGGGGGGUAUCACCAAAGUGCACUUCUGCCCGUGGAGACACCAAAUGAAAACUCGGAUGCACAGAGCCAACUAACACAUAGCUGCAGUGCUCCAUCGUUGCAAACUUUCCGCAAAGAGAGCAACAACUCAGUGUCAAGUCCCGCCCCGUCAGAAGACCACUUGCCACAAGUAGACGAGGUCCAGCCUGAGCCCUCGACACCGCUCGGGAAUCUCACCCCUGAUUUUGCAAGCAAGAAUGGCUCAGCGAUACGCAGGCUUUUCCAAAGUGGCAGCCCCAAAAAAGUGUUUCGAUCCAAAACCAUGGAGUUCUCCAGUCUCCAUCACAAGCACUCGACUUCGAUGAUCUCCAACACGCAAUCGCUCAAGUCGGCGUUUUCAUCGCGAUCCAAACCCUCGUCACCACGAAAAUUGAAGUCUUUUCUCAAGAUCCAUAAACAUAGUCUGAGCGUCCCCAACCUUGCAGCAUGGUCGCCCACGCACAUCCUCACUCCAUCGGAGUCCUCAACGAACUACCACUUCCCAACGUCGUCGUCGUCGCCCCAACAUACCAUCUUCCCUCACUCGGUGCACUCCCUGCGCCAGAUCGAGCCCAUUGACCUCUGGGACGUCAACACCGUGAAUUACGACUACGAUGCUACGGAAGCUGUGGCCCAUGAACGGAGUGGCAAUUUGGUUGUAGUUCCCGCGAGACCCGCGGAGGGCGAAUCCAGAGUCAGCUCUUUACCUAGUCAAGUGAUUGGAGAGUACGAUCGAGAAAAAUGGAACACCAUCAAACAGUUGGCUCAAGCUCAAGAAGAUGAGCUAAAUUAA